AUGGUGGCCGUGGCACAGGUCGUUCCGCGGUUGAUUGUGAGCAGCAUCGGCCUGGCUCUCAAUUUCACCGCGAGGCUCAUGAGCAACAACGCUAAUGACCCCGACGUGUGCACAACCAUCGCUGCCGACCACGUCUUCAGCUGUCGGUCCAUGACUCCGCUGCUCGGUCUUCCAAACUACUCUGCCUGCUCGCCGUGGCUGGCCUGUCCCUCGUCAGACUUUUGCGACCCACGUGACCACCGGUCCGGCAAGCUCAGGAACAAUAAGGAGCUUGCCUCCCUGCCACCAUCUAAGCGGCGCUGCGGCUGCGUCGGCAAUAGCGGCCAUGUCGCCAUGGGCGACAGGUUGGUGCGCAGCAAGGGCUACCCUUUCGAGACGCAUGAAGUGGCUACAGAGGACGGCUACCUGCUGCAGCUGCACCGGAUACGUCACGGCAGGGAUGGACACUGCGGCGCCAACGAGACAGGUGGUGCGUGUUGCGGGCGAGGACCCGUGUUCGUCAUGACGGGCCUCCUGGCAGACUCUGCCUCCAUUGUGCUCGACUUCCCCAAGCAGUCGCUGGGAUAUGUGUUGGCUGACAACGGAUACGACGUUUGGUUGGGAAACGUCCGUGGCAACACCUACGGAAAAAAACACAAGAAUCUGAACGUGAAAUCAAAGAAGUUUUGGAAUUUCUCAUUUCACGAGCACGCCAUCUUUGACGUCCCAGCUCAAGUCGACUACGUUCUCAAGGAAACUAAACACAAGGACCUGCUCUACAUCGGCGUUUCUCAAGGCACCCUUAUUUUUUUCACCAUGUUAUCGGAGAAGCCUUGGUACAACGACAGGAUUAAAGCCUUCGCUGGGUUGGCACCGUUUUUCAAGCUGGCACACCUUAAGGUACCGCCAUUAGCUGUCUUCUCGCCCUAUGCUGAAGCACCGCUGCGACUGGUCCACGCCGCGGGCGGCUACGAGCUGCUGCCGCAGGGAAUGCCGAUAGCGGGAUUCGUGCGUCAGUUCUGCGGCUACGCCACGCGCGGCAUGUGCUCUCUCUUGGCCGACAACUUCGCCAAUUUCGGGAGUAGGUAUGUUAACGAGUCCAGGAUUCCAGUUUACCUGUGCCACAUGCCGGCCGGGACAUCUAUGAAGAAUAUUAUUCACUACGACCAGCUUGUGAUAUCUAAGAAAUUCCAAAAGUUUGACUAUGGAGCGUUCUACAACAAAGACUACUAUGGAAAACGGAGUGUUCCGGAGUACGAGCUGUCUAACGUUCAGACCGACCUGGGCAUCUUCUGGAGCGCCGGCGACGAGUUUGUCCCCCCGGAAGACGUGCGCGAACUGCUGGCGUCGCUGCAGCGACAUGUGAAGAAGAGCUACUACAUCGACGACCCCUUCUACACGCACGUUCACUUCCUCGUGUCGACCACCAACGGAAUAUACCUUCAUAAAGAACUGCUAGGUUUCCUCGCACGCUACGAUGGGAAGGGUGAACUUUGCCCCGCUGCUUGAGCUACUAGUAGUACGCGGGUCAAAAUAAAAAAAAAAGCAAGCGGCGAGGCGUCGUUCAACCCAGGAAGUCACCUUCAAGCAGUGCUGGUAACCUCCGAAGUCAGUUAUUCCAUAACUCGGUUACAGAAAUUCUCUUUAUUUCCGUGCAUUUCUGUCGGAAAGAAUUCUUCAGUUUGUCGCUAUGGUCCCUGUGAUGAUUUCAUUCUUUAAUGCAAAUAGACUGCAAAUUUAUAGUUUAAAUUUAUUUCUAACCGCGUUUUCAAAUAUUUGGAUAAUGAAAUUGCUUCACUAAAGUUUAAAUGAUGUCGCAGUGCAAGUUCUGACAACAACACAGCCUGCCGCUUGAAGUAAUAUUCACAGAAGACAUCGCAUGUUUAUGCUUUCCUUUAUAUACAAAAGAAGUUAGGAGAAAAAAACUGCCAUCUGUAACAUGUAAUAUUAUUCGAUGUGUAAGACAGAUGGGCGGCGGGCCACUUUGUAGAUUAUAGCAGUGUCAAAACAGUGGGCCAUUUCACGACAGUAAUGUAAAUUAUGUGCAAUAAAUUUUCGAUUGCAUGCCGCGACGUGCUGAUGUAGAACCACCACAAUUAUACGCGCUUGUUUGUCAUUUGUAGCGCAGGAGGCUGAUACGAGGCCACUUUUAUGUUUUCCUUCAUGCGAAAACUCGCAGAAUCCCGUGGCCGCUUAGUUUCUAGAAUGGGCCUCUGCCCACAGUUGCUCUGCCUGGGGGCGGUUUCGGGUGAAUUUUCGUGCAGACGCGCAGUGCCACGACUGCCUUGCCGUGCUUGGAUAUGUGAUCGCUUAUGCCGAGGUUUGCCAGCGCUGCUUUGUUUGGUACUGCAGCCAAGGUUGUUUUUGCCGGUUACGUAUUAAUAUUCUGCCCAAAGGGCGCCUAAAUCGACAGCACAAUUCUAGAGGUGCAAACGGCAAUAGCGCAGUAGUUGUGCUAAGAUUACGAGCGCAGCACAUCCACACCUUGUCGUUCACUUGGCAAGGUGCGUUCAUUGCGAUGCAGUGUCGCCAUAUAUGUCAUGCUUAGAAAGCUAAUACAAAGCUAAUUAGCGCUGGCUGAACUCGAAACACGCUGUCACGUCAGUUGUUCUACGUAUCGGUCAUCGCGAUGUCGCAGCCGUGGUUUCUCGCGUCUCUGAGCUUUGUAUUUCCUCUUCGUCCUAGUGAAUUGUUUUUCUAACUUACAUAAGUUUCUCGUUGUCCCUAAAUAAGGCCUGAAAUCAGUAGAUCUAGGGAAACUUAUGCUUCGCAGCAAUACCUUCAACACUUGCAGCCUUCUUCAUGCGAUUUUGAUUCUUGUUAAUUGCUGUCCUCCAGCGCUGAAACGAUGGUAUCAUGGUCGGGUGAAAGUUAAUGGACAAGAAUGGCAGGUGGCAUACGCAAGCGUAGUAACGCAAGGUGACAGUAUGGACUUUCUGGUAACCUGCUUCGCUCCUUCCGAGAAUCACGACGAAUUUGGUCUGCAGAGGAGUACUUUGUGCUUUUGGGCAGCUUCGUAAAGUUGUGGCUUUUAAAUCAAACGGUGUUUCGCGCAUAACCCGUCUGAUGUUUUUUGCAUGUGCUGCAGUGCAUUAGGAUGAAUGAGCAUUAGCGGUUGAAUAAAAUGUGCAUGCCAUUGUUGCCACAAAGUGAAAAUGCGUAUUCCUUAUUUAUUACCUGCACUUUACAUUAUAUGCAUUACGGUUACGUUUCUGCAUCGUCGGACUUCCCAAGUUCUGUAACUUGCAUUUGAUGCGCAUGGGGAUUGCACAUACUUCAUAAAAUAAAACCUUGCCCGCGUUGCAAAUUGCCUUUUUGUUUGAACUCCAACAUCAUAUAUCAUAGUUCUAUAGUAUGCUGCUCUUUAAACUCCGAAGCACAAUAUCGAUUCCAACGUUCUCUAAAUGGAUUGAAUGUUUCUUGUGCGAUUAUACGCAACAUGGUGUCGCUAAAGUUAGUAGCGUUGCAAAAUUGGCAAGUUAUUGGAAAAAAUAGUCUAUGUUAAUAUGGCCUCAUUCUGUGAAAAGUUUAGCCUUAUUAACCCAGCGCAGUUUGGCUUUCGCUCGGGACAGAGUACUGUGGGUCUGUUGCAAGAUUUUAAUGACUAUAUCUGUAACGAAAUCGAUAAAAACAAUGUUGUUUUGACUCUUUUCGUUGAUUUACAACGAGCAUUUGACACAUUAGAUCAUGAACAGUUACUAUCAAAACUAAGCAGAUGUGUUUUCAGAGACCCGUAUUACUCAUUUUUUAAAAAUUAUUUAACAGGCAGACAACAGUGUGUCCGUGUGGCGGAGUCCUAUAAUUCUUUGUUGCGUGUUAAAUCAGGGGUACCGCAAGGGUCCGUAUUGGGACCGCUUUUGUUUACCAUUUACGUGAAUGAUCUUGCUUGCUUACCACUAAAAUCAAAAAUUUAUUUAUACGCUGAUGACACGGCUUUGGUUGUAUCGAACAAACUUUCGAGCGAAGCCGCUAGAGUGUUGCAGUAUGAUGUCUGUAAACUACUUGAUUGGUUCAUUAAUAACAAAAUGUUCAUUAAUAAAUCGAAGACUAAUAUGAUGUGUUUUCACAGCCCAUAUAAAGCAGUCGCGGAUAUUUCCCCUGUUUAUCUCCACACCAGUGACUGCCUUGCAUGCUCAUGUCCUCCGGUAGCUCUGGUAAAUAGCACAAAAUACCUGGCCCUACACUUCGACGACACAUUGUCAUGGAAUGUCCACAUUCAAGAGCUCGCAAAGCGCUUACGUGCUGUGUGCGCUCAUUUGUAUGCCCUAAAAUCUUUCUGUGAUGUAAAUAUUCGUAAAAUGGGUUACAAGGCACUUGGGGAAUCGAUCAUAAAGUACGGAAUAACAAAUUAUGGCUUUGCUUCUUCUAGUAGACUUAAGAUAAUUAACCGCAUCCUAAAAAAAAAAUUGCCUAUAGCCUCUCGUAUGGCACACUUGGUCACGGGGAAGAUCUCUUGCUGAGCAUGUACCAGUCAGACAUGUUGUUUGUCGAGCAACAAGUUUUGUUCGACGCCAUGUGCAAAAGAUAUUUUUUCUACUAAAUUAAAAAACUUGAACGUGAAAUCUCGCAGCUUACGUCAGACAGAAAAAUAUGUGGUACCUCGUGUGUGCACAAACUACGGCAAGAGAACUCGUGCUUUCUACGUGCCGGCUAAUUUCAAUAAGUUGAAUGAGAAUGAUAUCGCGGGAACAUUUAAACAAAUAAAAUCACAUUUAAGGUCAUGGGUGAUACGUAAUGUCCAUAUUCUUUGAUGUUUUCUUCGGGAUUUGAAGCAUGCAAACCUGAUUGCGAAGUCAUCUCUAAUGUCAAUGUGUAUUUUUUUCCCCCUGUUGAUGCAAUAAUAUCUUUUGUUCAAAUAAUAUCUUUUGUUCACUUUUGCAAUAUCAUUUUUUUCCUAUAUUCUUUUUAUUAAUUUAUUUAUUUGUACACAUAUCAGUACUACCAGCUGACUGCCCAGCCUCGCACACAAGCAAUGUUGCUUAUGCGGGCUGGAUCUGUAACCAUGACAUGACUGGAUGUAAUAAAGAUUAUUAUUAUUA